AAACACCAUCAUUCAAGUUAUGAUGACGUAGGUUGUUAGCUGCUAGUUCCAGCAAAGUCCAGCUUUGGGAGCGAGUGAGCGUUGAUCGCGCGCUGGCUUAAAGCGCGGAGCAAGUAAAAAAAUCUACCGAUCUGACUGGUCUUUUCGCUUUUUUAACUCGUAAAUACGCUGUUAAAACACUAGUUGGACUUGCUGCCGUUUCCCCGGGAUUGGAGCUCGCUGUAGCAGUCGAGCUGCUACUCAGUCAGUUCGAGCAGCAGCAGCAGCGGUGAGGAGGAGAAGGACGAGCCUAAGCGAGCCUACUCUCAUUUUCGGGGUUUGAAUAUGUUUAAAACGGCUGCGUGCUGGUCUCCAACAUUUUCGGACUCAUGGUGAAGAGAAAGAAGACCUCGUCCUCUGCCGAAGAGCCGGAGAACGGCAUGACAGUGGGCAGUGGGGCUGCCUCGGGAGCCGACGAAGCCAGCAAAGCGAGCCGAAAGCCGGAGGGCGGCGAGGAUGAGGAGAGCGCCGCCGAGCAGCAGCAGCCGAGCACAAAGAGGGACGGAGAGGAGGAAACGCUCCUGUCCUCCUCCUCCGCCGUUCAGCCCGGUUCGGCUCCCGCUGGUCCUUCUUCCUCCUCUUCGUCCUCCCCGCCGAACCCGAGCCUCGGUUCGCCCCCACACGGCCAGGACCAGCACCAUUUCCUCCGCUCCAGCGUGAGACCUCCGAGCAAGCGAAUACGAAAAGAGCUGAGCGCCCCGGCCGUGAACGGGCACAGCGGGGCGAGAGCGAGAGGGGGUGAUGCGGUCCCUGCUGUAACUACGACAAGCCAUGCAGGCACUGGAGGCGGCAGCUCUGGGGCUGGAGGGACUUCUAAGUCGGCUCCCAGGAACCAGGGACCAGUUGAGAAAGAUGAAGGGGGCAACCAGAAGCGUGCAAGGAGACAGUGGGAGUCCUGGAGUGCCGAGGACAAGAACAGUUUCUUUGAAGGGCUAUAUGAGCAUGGGAAGGACUUUGAGGCCAUUCAGAAUAACAUUGCUCUGAAGUACAAGAAGAAAGGCAAGCCAGCCAGUAUAGUGAAAAACAAGGAGCAGGUUCGCCACUUCUAUUACAGGACCUGGCACAAGAUCUCCAAACACAUCGAUUUUAAUAACGCGUAUUCUCGUGUGCUAAAGAAGUCUUCCCAGGAGCUUUAUGGGCUCAUAUGCUAUGCUGAGCUCAGAAAGAAGGUUGGAGGCUUAAUGGAUGACAAGAAUGUUGCCAAACUGAAUGAACUGAUACAGCAGGGGGCCACCACGGUUCGCUUUAAAGGCAGGAACCUGAGGAUCAAAGCCCCCAUGUGUCGUGCACUGAAGAAACUAUGUGACCCAGAUGGAGUGAGUGAUGAGGAGGACCAAAAGCCGGUUCGGUUGCCGCUGAAGGUUGCUGUGGAGCUGCAGCCACGUAGUAACCACUCGUGGACUCGAGUUCAAAGUCUGGCCCAUAAUCCUCGUCUCAGGAUGGUAGUCGAGUUGCACAGGAAGGUGUCCAGUCUUAUUGAGUUCCUGAAACAGAAGUGGGCAAUUCAAGACCAGCGAAUUCUUAAGAGCCUGGCGGAGCGGGAGGCACUAGCGGGUGUAACCCCACCUGGCGAGGCUGAGGAUUUAUUCCUGUAUCCAGCAGAGAACAGCACCCUCAUCGCGUUGCCAGGGAUUGCACGUGUUGUACACUCCAAAGCCUCCUGCACAGUGCACUGGCAAGAGAGUGGGCGUGGCCGUCCUGGUGUGAGAGACCUUCCUGCUGCCCACAUCCUUGGCAUCCAGCCCGUCCGAGGCACAGGGAAACCUGGCAAGGGUGUCUCGGGAUGUGGAGACUCAAAAAGAGUUGAUGGACAAGCUCUUGAGGGUUCAGAUGGCAGCAUGUCAAUGGCAGCAGCAGAGAGCAAUGCAACAACCCCCACCCAAAACACUAAUGCCCCUACUUCCAUCACUCCAUCCAUCGCUCCAUCUGCAACGUCGCCUGCUUCAUCAUCUCCUUGCCCAGCACCGGAGGUCAGUGGGUCAGCAACUGGUGAUUCAACAACAGGAACGUCUCAGACCCAAAUGGAGUCUAUUGAGAGAACUAAAGAGACAGUCAGUCCAGGAGAUUCCAUCCCCACAGACCAAAGCAAAGAGGAGUCUGCACUGGUAGGUGGAGUUACCGCAGAUGGAGCCCCACCUUCCACUUCAGAGCCCUCAGGGCGUGUUGAGGAAGCAGCUGGGAGUGGAAGCUCCACACAGCACAUUCGUGAGGAAGGCUGGAGCUCUCAGAGCUCUGAGAAUGUAACGCUGGCCGAACUCUACCUCAUGCUGGGCAAGCCGGGGAAGCUGCAGCUAGAAUACGAGUGGCAGCCCAAGCCGCGCCCUUCAGUUCUGCCCACCACCCAUCGUGUGCUUCACUGUCUUCUCAGACUUGUGUCAUCAGAGGUCAAUCCCAAACCGGCCCCAGAUGUGUGUUCAGUUGGAACAUCUCCGGUAAAGCCAGGCCAGGAGGAGCAGUCUUUGACCCCUCCAGGCAAAGCUCAGGCCGGGGGAACUCGCAGCCCCAGCUGCAGCCGGCAGCAACACGCAGCACGCUCCAAAAUCCUGCCUAACGCAGCCAGCGCAGGUGGACGGAAUCUGCCACGCUCUCUGUUGGUCACCGGAGGCGAAGGUGAUGGGGGCGUGUUCGCUGUUCCGACAACUCUGCCUCCCAACAGCUCUCGGCACUUACGAAUGUUCUCUCCCAAUAAAGAAGCAGAGCUUGCCUUCCGGCAGCAGCUGGAUUCAAUCAGUUCAGAUAUUUUUCUAACCAAGCAAAGAAAGGUGGGAAGAGGACGUCCACUGAGGAAGCCACUUGUUGUGCAGAGAACUUUACUUCCUCGAACAACAGGAGACACCUCCCAACACGUGUGUUCCUUCUCGAUUCUCUCCAACUCAUCAGCUACUGGCACUGGUUCUUUCCGACCAAUCCAAACUCGUCUCCCAUCAGCUCGUUCCCUUCCCCUCAAAGCCACGUCUACUUCAGUAAACCCCACUUCUUCCACUCAACUUUCUAGUGCAAUUGACCUGGCUGCAAAGUCUGCAGGCAUUAUUCCAGGAAGCCCAUGUCGAGGGGUGGAACCCCCUGCUCUGCAGUCCAGCAUCAUGGAGCAUGAAGACACCAUGCCACCCGUGGCUGCUGAACCUGAACCUGAACUAAUUCAGCAGGAGCCAAAGGGUUCUCUGCAAAACGGUGUUUCUCCACCAUCCCCAGGGGGUGGUGACUCCCUUUUGGCACCUCCCAGCGUUGCGUCACUGUUGGACAUUUCUUUACCGGGUCCACCAGAUGAAUCCCUGCCUCCUGGAGAGCCUCACAGUCAUAUCAGUGACUCCAUUAUCGAGCUCGCCAUCAAUUCUGCUCAUUAUGGUGAUGGAUCAUCUCUUUCUCCUCCAAAGCUCAAUGGCAGUGACAGGUCUAAGCUCCUCCCCUCACCCAGUGACAGCCCCGCCCAUAGCUGGCUGCCCUCUCCUACACAUGACCCCCAGUGGUACCCCAGUGACUCCAGUGACUCAACUCUGGGCUGCCUGCUCUCAAGUCUGGUGUCUCCUGAUAAGACUCGUAGGACUGUCCUGCCCCCUGUGGGGCCCUCCAGUGGUACAGCCUUGCUUGGCCCUAGCCUACUGGACAGCAACUCCCAUGAUUCUUUUCAGGCUCGUGGAUUGCCUGAUGUAGUUGAGGUGGAUACUCAACUCGCCUGCAUGAUGAGUGAGAGCAGCGUUGACUACAUCGCCCGCUUCAAUGACCUUGCCCACGAGUUAGCCGUCUCUGAGCCGAGCCUUCCUCCUCCAGGGGUCUGACCUGAAGAAGCUGGGGGUUCGGUCCCCUGCUUUUGCCCCUCCCGAUCACUAUCAGUUCCAGAAAACGCGCUGUUGAAGAAUUCCAGUUUUUCAAGCGUGAUACAGAGAAAGAGAGAUUUUUUUUUUUAGAAGUGCAAUAAAGACUGCCAAGAUCCUCAAGAGCGUUCAGGAUCAAAUGCA